UCACCACCGCUCUGCCAGCCAUGUCUCGCCGCUCCUCGAUUGAUCUCCCUUUGAUACUCCUCGCUCCGCCGAACGACUGAACUGCGCCGAGGCAUACCCGCAAUGCCGCCGCCGAUCCGCUUCCACCUCAACUUCGUCGGCGAUGUGAUGCUGGGCCGACUUAUAGAUCAGCUGCUCCCGACACACGUCUAUUGCCCCGAGGAAGCCGAGCUCAUCGCUUAUUUUGUAGCUGGAAAUGCGGCGCUGAAGAAUUACAACUUCAAGUCGCCCUGGGGCAACACCCUCCCGCUCUUCCACGCCGCCGACCUCAACCUAAUCAACCUCGAGACAUCCAUCACUACGAAUCCGAAGCCAUGGCCCGACAAGGUCUUCAACUACCGCAUGCACCCCGCCAACAUACAAUGUCUGAAAGAAGCGCACAUCAACUACGCGUCGCUGGCGAACAACCACACUCUCGACUUCUCCGAGGAGGGAUUGCUCGAUACAGUGCGGAAGCUAAAGGACGCAGGCAUUCCCUUCGCCGGCGCGGGCGAGUCCCGUGAGGAGGCUCUGCAGCCCGCUGUGCUUGGCCUGAAGGACGGCGAGGACGCAUACACGGUACACGUUUAUUCCGCCUCUGACCACCCCGAAGACUGGUCCGCCGUUCCGAAAUUCCACCUCAUCGACUACCUCCCCUCAACGCGCAACCGCCUCAAGCAGCUCCUCACCACACCCGCCGUAAAGCCGGACUUGAAGGUCUUCAGCGUACAUUGGGGUCCCAACUACGCGUGGAUGCCGGCACAGGAGAUACAAAGCCUGGCGCACUUUCUCAUUGAUGAAUGCGGCGUCGACAUGAUACAUGGGCAUUCUUCGCAUCAUAUCCAGGGCGUGGAGGUAUACAAGGGGAGGCUCAUUAUAUACGGAUGUGGAGACUUUGUUGACGACUAUGCGGUGAAUGCAAAAUUCCGGAACGAUCUUUCCGCGAUAUGGCGCGUGGAAGUGCAGAAGAGCGAGGGUGCAGAGGGACGGAGACUCCGGGUGAGGAGGCUGGAAGUCUUUCCGAGCCGCAUCAAGCGCUUCCAGGCCAAUCUGCUGGACAAGGCCGACACCGACCAUGAGUGGGUGAAGAGAAGGUUUGGAAUGCUAUGCGAAGGGUUUGGUACCGAGGUCCACAAGGAGUUGGGCGACCAGGGCCAGAUUGUGGUGGAUGUGGAUAAUGGAGAUUAAGGACUGUCAAACCGUCUCUAUCCCGGCCACGCCUUCCAUCUGCCGCGUUUCGACAACCGCUCUGCCGUACAGCCCACCUUGGCGGUCGUCUAUAAAGCGAUUCAAACCUCGUGGUAUCCCGGAAUUCUGGCCGCCAGUCGCAUGCAUUGGGAGGCUAUAGCCUUCUCAGUGAACAAAUUCGCCAUCUAGUAGUGGGCUUCCACCGCUAGCAUUUUGCGGCCGUCUAUUCUGGGAACAGGCUCUAGCUAUCAUUAAUGCUUGUUUGCCCUGCAACCUAUUCAAGAUCGACCAUCAGCCUUGGCUUACCUUUACGCACCAUAUGCGCGAUCCGGAAUAUCAGGCACUCUCCUACCUAG